AUGCCUGACCUGCAAGACUCAAUAUUGAUCAUUGGCGCUGGCACCUUUGGCCUGUCAGCAGCGUAUCACUUCACCCGUGCCGGGUACAAGUCCAUCACGAUUCUCGAGAAAGGAACAUCCGUUCCCUCGUCUCUCUCGGCGGGCAACGACGUCAACAAAAUUGUCCGCGCAGAAUAUGAAGAUCCCUUCUAUACUGAGCUGGCCUUGCAGGCCAUGUCGGAAUGGGCCGACAACGAACUAUUCGCGCCGCACUACCACCAGACGGGGUACCUCUUAGCCAACUCAGCAGCAGCGCCGGAAAAGACGAAAAAGACCCUAGCUAAAUCUCUUGAGAGUAUUCGGGUGCAUCCAGCUUGGGCUGGUAGGAUCAACCCGAUCAAGAACAGAGAAGAUAUCGCCAAAGCUGCGCCGGCACUGGACGGGCCCAUGGAAGGAUGGGAAGGGUAUUUUAAUCAGUUCGCGGGUUAUGCGCAUGCCGCGAAUGCGCUCAAGGCAGUCUAUAAAUACGUCAAAGCCCAGGGAGUCGAAAUCCACACUGGGGAGAAUGUUGCGAGCCUCACGUAUGACGGGGACAAAUGCAUAGGCGCCCGCACGACUUCCGGCAAAGACUUCAAGGCAGCGACGACGAUUCUUACGGUCGGGGCUUCGCUCGGAAACGUGCUCCCGUCCGUCGGCCGUCAAGUCACGGCAAAGGCAUGGAGUGUCUUGCACAUACAGCUCCAGCCGGAGGAAGCAGCGCGCUUGAAGGGAAUACCGGUCACAUACGCUCGGGACUUGGGUUUCUUCUUUGAGCCAGAACCCGGCACGGGCAUCCUCAAGCUCUCCCCAAGUGGUGGAGGCUACACCAAUUACUCGACGACGACAGGCCUGUCCACGCCUCCAGAGAAGAACGACUUCGUACCCGAGGCUGAUGUGCGUCGGAUUCGAAAGCUGCUCCAGGAAACCCUUCCGGGCCUGGCUGAUAGACCUUUUGUCGACCAGCACAUCUGCUGGUGUGCCGAUACGGCGGACUCUGAUUAUGUUAUCGACGCUGUGCCAGGAAAGAAGGGCCUGUAUCUGGCGACAGGCGACUCGGGUCACGGCUUCAAGAUGCUUCCGGUGGUUGGGAAAUGGAUCAAGGACCUGGUAGAGAAGGGAGAGCAGGACAUUGUCCGGUGGAAGUGGAAGGAAGGUAGUGAUGCGGGUCAGAAUGUGAGCUGGCGAGCAGACUCCGGACACAUCAACUUCCCGGGCAAGACCUCUGCCACUCCAGGUGAAGAGUUCGAAGUCCGCCAGACCUCGACCACUGAGGACUACCACCCCAACCCGUCCAAGUCAAUCCCCCUCUCACCAGCGCGUCAGCGGCUGAUCGACGAUAUCAUCGCGCUGUACUCAAUGGAGCCCACAGUUGAGCGCGUGAAGCGGUACACGGCUGACUGCGUGUACGACGACCAAUUUGUUUAUGCCAACGACCGAUACAAGAUGGCAGGGCAGUGGUUUGCUUUGCCCAAGCUCUUCAAAGCGAGCGUGAACGAGGGGUAUGAGAUUGUCAAGAACGAUCGAGACCUGAUCCAGUUCAGGAAUGAGCAAAGCUGGACUUUCAAGCUCAUCCCAAAGACUGCGACGAUUAAUGCGCUUGUCAGCCUGAGCCUGGAUCCCGGCACUGUCGACAGCGACUUCAUUCAGGUUAAGUACCACAAGGACCAGGCCAAUGACAAGGACUACAGCCAUGAGGGCGUUGGGUUCUCGUUCAAGAAGUGGCAAACGGACAAUGUCAUCAAGGUCAUGGAUAGUAAAGAGGUUGAAGCUUUCGCUGCGGAUAAGGAUGCCAGCAAAAACAAGGUGAAGAAAUAUGGCACUGGCAAGACUGAAGGGGAUGCACCUAUAAAAGAUCUCUGA